AUGGCCCAGUUAGAGACGCAGGAGACUGGACAACACACAAAGAUGUGCAGGGAACAUUUUGUUGGCUAUGAGAUCAGAAUCAAUGAGUCCCAUGACUUUUAUGGUGCCACAGUUAAGUCAGCAGCAGUGGCUCUCUGUAGGUUUUUGGAGUCCAACCCGGAGCAGAUCAAUCUGAGAAAUAAAGCUGUGUUGGAACUUGGAGCGGGCACUGGUUUAGUGUCCAUUGUGGCCAGUUUGUUAGGUGCCUGGGUGACAGCUGUGGACAUACCAGGGGUCCAUGCCAUUCUGUCUACUAACCUGUACUGGAACACUAGGGGGCGCUGCAAGUACAAACCACAAGUGGAAGCACUGUCUUACAAUGAUGACCUAGUGCGAUCCUUCCCUCAUGCCACCUAUCGCUAUGACUACAUAAUGGUAGCUGACGUGGUCCACCAGCACCAUCUCCACGACAAGCUGCUGGUUGCUAUGCGUCAUUUUUGCCAACCAGGCACAAGCCUGAUCUGGGCUGACAAAAUCUGCUCUCAGCCUGAGAUGGUCUUCACAGAGCGUUUCAGGAGGGCCUUUAAUACCACACUAUUGGCUGAGACUGAGGAGGUGACAAUCUACAUGGCUGUGGCUCGAAAAUUUUGGGUUUAG